GUCGUUUCAAGUGCAAAGUGGGAAAGGCCGGAUAUGGAGCACGAGGCCAAUUGGGCGCUCGACGGCGACGGGCUCGUCGAGAACCUCUUCUACUACCUCUGGUGCAAGGACGAGUUUGGCGGCGGCCCGUCGCUCUUGAUCCCGGAUACGAUCAUCUACAAGUUCACGCAGCCGGCGUACUGGUACUUCACGUCCAAGUCGGGCAAGGUCAAGAAGAAGGCCAAGACGUCGCUGGCCAAUGUCCAGAUUGAGAAGGAGUUUUGCCGCAAGCUCUGCGGAAUUGACAUUGUUGCCUACUACAUCUACAUGGAGAACGAUUGCCCGACGAUCGAGUACCUCAACGUCGAAGGCCUCAAGGAUUUUUUGUACAACCGACCCAAAGUACACAACGGCGUCCUACAGCGCUUCAUCGUUUCCAAGGGCGCGUCCAACUCUAUGAUCCGCGCCGUCUGGACGCCCAAGAUGUGUCUCCUGGAGCGCAAGACGAACGUGCGCAAGCUCCACGACACGCGCUAUGGUAUCUACGAGCGCGCCGUGACGUUCGACGGCGCCGACGCCUACAGCAACCCUGAUCCCGUGCGCGGCUCGAUUCUGCCCGGCGACAUCCAGUACCUGUGCGAACAAGUUGUCGAUCAUGUCAUGGAAGUCUCUUUCCACAAAUACCGCAUCUCGCGCAUGGUCCUGCACCUCAAGACCGAUGCGGACGACCGCGUCUGGCUGCUUUGGUCGUCCUCGAUUCGGCUCUCGCAUGGCGAGCAUCGUCCGAUCAACAUUACGUCCGACGCCCAAGUCCCGGCGUUCGUCCACCUGAGCGCCAUGCCGGACGGGAAACCGACCAAGAAGAAUGCGGUCCUCGCCAAGUGCACCAGCUGCGCCAGAUCCAUUGACGAGAUUUACUUGCUCCACGCCAGCUACAAGGCGGUGAUCGAGCACUUUCGACAGUUGCUCACGCACCUCCGCGCCUCCAGGGCCUCGGUCGUCCUAUGGCCACCGGACGACGCGGUAAUUGCGGCCGCGGGCGGCGUCGGCUUUGGAAUUCUCGAAGACAUGGACGUCGGGAGCGGCCCCGUCCGAGAGGUAGACGUGACGAUCCCACCCGUGCUGCAGUACCUCCAUCCGCACUUGACAGUUCCAGACUUUGUACGGUUUGCGACCGACCCCGUCUUUCUCUACAAGACGGCGCCCGUCUGCGAAAAAUGCUACCUCGUGUACGCCGACUUUAGUACGUCAGCGCUCGAAGCCAACACGGUGCGGGAGCACGCGCCAGCGAUUUUGCGCCCCAAACGGCUUGUCCCACCGCUCAAAGCGCGCUUCGAGGCGAGUACAAAGCCAUCGGACGACGCGUGGCUGCCAAAGCCCACGAAAACAAAGCCCGCGCUCAAGAUGCCGGUCAAGACGCAGUACCCGUUCACGGACCCGCCGACGCUGCCCGCGCGCAUCAACCAUACGAUGCUGAGCGAGAUGGAGCGCAACCUCCCGAUCGACGUCAAGCGUGAGGAGGCAAGUAAGGUGCCGUACAUGCCCGACGAGUGGAAGCAGGUGCCCGGAAUGGUGCCCAACCCCAACGUCCUCGCGCAUUCGCUCGUCAAGAAGGAGGAUGCUUUCUUCACGGACCUCACGGCGUCGCACCUCAACUCGGAGGCCUUUCAUCGCCCCCUGCAGCACAUGGUCGAGAGCGCGUCGCGGCUCGAUGCGCUCAAGACAAAUUUGGCCUUGGGCAGUCUCAAAGCCCCAAAGCGGAAUCCGUAUGCGGUCGUGCAAAAGCUCGUGGGCGGCGACGACAUGAGCAGUGCGUUCGAGAAGAAGACACGGGCCAAGGCGAAGAAGCCACCGUCGUUUCCGAGCGUCGCGCCCAGCGAAGACGAGCACACGACGUCGCGAAAGCACCGCGAGUUUCUACUCAAAUCGCUCCGCGAGAUCCAGCGCCAGCUGGGAAGCCCCGAGCCGCUGCGACCACUCGUGAUCGACGUCGACGACGCAGCGUCGAGGGAGGAGUAAUUAAUGUGCUAUUCUGUCGCAGAUACAUUUUGCGUCGGCGCCGAGAUCCCGA